CUUUCAUUCCAAUAUAUAUAUAUAUAUAAAAAACAAUAAUCCAACUUUUAUGAAUUCGCUAUUAUGAAUUCAUUAUUCGACACUCUCGAGUCCUCCGUCGACACAUCCCUGCGUCAGCUCUUCCCCCAAGCCACCAACAACAUGGCCGGUACAAGCACACAUGGCCAAUCGGCGCAUCAACGAGCACAGGCCUUUAGCAGCUCCGUGAGCAACGUGCACAAGCAGCUGGUGGAGCUCAAGACGCGAAUCGAACAAACACCUGAGCUCGCCACAACAGCACAAGAGCAACUACACAAUGAAAUCCGCCUACUGCAGCAGGACAUUCGACUAAAGGAUGGUGUGCUGGAAAAACACAGGGGGACUUUGCGCGGGCUGGCACAAGAACUAGGCGCGUUCUCAGGGUAAUAUCUUCAAUCUUGCCUUCAUACUCUGUUUUACGUAUUGCCAAUUAGCUGUCGGCGUAAUCCAGCGAGCAAGGGUGAUUUGUGAUGGAUGUGCCUUUUGGUUACUUUUGUGGUAAGCAUCACCACAUAGGCCAUAAGCUCAGCUGAGCCGAGCGCUUGCGAGCUUAGUCAAUGCCGAGCGCGCAUCGAUGCAGUGGCAGCUGAGAUAGCAUUGAUGCAGUAGCGGCUGAGAUAGCAUUCAGUCAUUGUAGCCCCUCUCCUCUGCCUAUAAAAUGGCAGCAGGGGAGGCUCACUUCACUAGGAGGCCUCCUCAGCUUUUGUUUUAAUAAAGAUUUAU